ACUUUAAUUGCGGUUAUGUAAUUUAUAGCUUUCCAGAGCGCCUCUUGUUAAACUGUUUGCUGUCGAGUAGUUAUUAAUGGCUCUCAGUUGGUAUCUGGACAGCAGUGUGUCGUGGGUUAUUUAUUUGUUUAUUUAUUUAUUUAGCAACAGUUUUGAUUCUUUAGAAGGUGUAGCCUAUGAAAUAACCCAGAGUUGCCGCGAACUGGAUCAACCAUUCACGACGACUAUUGAAGAUCAGAACAGAUUUUUUACUACAUGUGGAAAAUGUUUAUUUAUUUUUUUGUCAUGCAGUUAGACUUAGGAGCAUCUACAUUUGGCUCAUUCAUCAAACUAAGAGGAAAUUUGAGAGGAAAUGCUGCUGGAUAGCUCUGACAGAUCACCAGGAUGCUCCAUUUUCUUCUUUAACUUAAUCCAGUUUCAUCGUAUGCUUAAUUUCUUUAAUCAGUUUUCUUUUGGUGUUGAAAUGUUCUUCUUUGCAGGUAACACUCGGUCACCUGAGCUCUCCUCCAUCCCAGCCUCCUCUCAGCUCCAUGGUGUCCCACCAUCACCCCUCCAUCAUCAACGGUCUAGGGUCGCCAUACUCAGUCAUCACUUCCCCCUCUCUGGGCUCACCUUCAGCCUCCUUGCCCACCACCUCCAGCAUGGGCUAUGGAGCGCUCAACAGUCCACAGAUGAACUCUAUGAACAGUGUUAGCAGCUCAGAAGACAUUAAACCUCCUCCAGGACUGGCGGGACUGGGCAGUUACGCCUGCAGCAGCCCGGGGUCCCUCUCUAAACACUUCUGUGCCAUCUGUGGAGACCGAUCCUCAGGGAAACAUUAUGGUGUUUACAGCUGUGAAGGCUGCAAGGGCUUCUUCAAGAGAACUAUCCGGAAAGACCUCACGUACACGUGUCGAGACAGUAAAGACUGCCAGAUUGACAAACGCCAGCGUAACCGCUGCCAGUACUGCCGCUAUCAGAAGUGUCUGGCCAUGGGCAUGAAGAGAGAAGCGGUGCAGGAAGAGAGGCAGCGGGGUCGGGAAAAGAGUGAUAAUGAGAUGGAGUCUAGUAGCAGCUUUAAUGAAGAAAUGCCAGUGGAGAAGAUUCUGGAUGCUGAACUUGCAGUGGAACCCAAGACUGAGGCUUACAUGGAGUCCAGCACGGGCAACUCGACAAAUGACCCAGUGACCAACAUCUGCCAGGCUGCAGACAAGCAGCUCUUUACUCUUGUUGAGUGGGCUAAGAGAAUCCCGCACUUCUCUGACCUUCCUCUGGAUGACCAGGUCAUCCUGCUGCGAGCAGGUUGGAACGAGCUGCUCAUCGCUUCAUUCUCACAUCGUUCUGUGACGGUUAAGGAUGGGAUCCUCUUGGCCACCGGCCUGCAUGUCCAUCGCAGCAGUGCUCACAGCGCAGGGGUCGGCUCUAUAUUUGACAGGGUAUUAACAGAGCUGGUGUCUAAGAUGAAGGACAUGCAGAUGGACAAGACGGAGCUGGGCUGUCUAAGAGCUAUCGUCCUCUUUAACCCAGAUGCAAAAGGAUUGUCAAACCCAUCAGAGGUCGAGGCAUUACGGGAAAAAGUGUACGCUUCACUGGAGGCCUACACCAAACACAAUUACCCCGAUCAGCCCGGCAGGUUUGCCAAGCUGCUCCUCCGUCUGCCCGCUCUGCGCUCCAUAGGACUGAAGUGCCUGGAGCAUCUGUUCUUCUUCAAACUCAUCGGAGACACACCUAUAGACACUUUCCUCAUGGAGAUGCUGGAGGCGCCGCAUCAAAUCACAUGACACAAGUCUUACUGCGUGUAAAUAUCCCCCAGCGCACACUUAACCCCAUUAUAACAAAAAGAAGUUCUUAUUUUGUACCAAGCACAAUGUGAAAAACAAGCAAACACACAAAAGAUUUGUAUUGGUAUUUUCAAAGAAAGAGACACCGUUGAAGAAAAUUGUAAGAGUACUGUAAACCUUUAUUUUGUACAUAGAUUUUACCAUCUGUGAUAGCUGCAGAAACUAAAUGUGAAAAUAUUUAAUUCAAAGCAAAACUGUAUAAACAGUCACCAGCAAUUUAGAAUUCUGUGAA